UGGAAAUCUUGUUACUCUGAUAACGGAACACAGACACAACAUGAUGACACGUUAACUGUCACUGGGAUGGAGGGAAAUCCCUAAUGAAUUUGGCAUAAAAAAACACCAUGUAGGUCUACACGUCAGUGUUAAAGUUGACGGUGAGUCGGGAGCGGGUUAAAGUGAGCUACAGCUCAGUGACUGCUGUUGGAGGAAGCUGACGUGUUUGUGGUAUUAUUGGACUACGUUAGCUAAAUCCUAGAAAAGCACAGUGGUAAGGACUGAUCCUAACACCAUGACGGAUAAUAACGAACCAGCGGGACUCUACAGUGGAGUCCGGGAAUUUAUCGCGGCUGCUAGUGGGAGUGGAACUUAGCUAUAAAAUAUUUCCUUGUGGGGCUGCUGUACGAAUUAAGACAUAGUUUGAAAUGGGACGGGCGAGCCUUGAGGAUGGGGCGGACUGUUCUGAAAGGGAUACGUGUUUUUUUUAAGCCCCAUGAAUUACGCUAUCAGAGGUGGAAGGUGUAUUUUUCCACAUCAGGUAGACACGUAUAAUGCUCUACACAGAGAUGUUGGAUGUCCAUGUACGUCAGCACCUCCCCAGACAACGGCAGCAUUCAUACAUUUCCACUCCAUUCACCGCAGAGCUCAACUGAUCGGAGGGUGAGCAGCAAUGGCUCUGAAGUCAAGGAGACCGUGGACGACCGUGAUUUUCGGUGUCUUUCUCGGGUUCACCGCGUCCUCCUGGCUCAUCGUGCCUCAGGUUCUGGAAAGUAAAGGGAAGAAAUCUCCCAUGUGUCUGUACUACAGUGACUCCUCUGUCGGUAAAGGUCCCGCUAACCCCGGGAACACCGCGGCUCUCAAAGACCGGGACAGCCCGCAGUUGAGUCAGGAGGAGGACAGGUUGUUCAGUACAGGGAACAGUAGCGGAGACACCGGGACACCGGUAAGCAAACCGAAGCAUUUCCUCUAUGUAGGUGUGAUGACAGCGAAAAAAUAUGUACAAACUCGCGCCGUGGCUGCGUACAGGACCUGGGUGAGCUCUAUACCUGGGAAGGUGGAGUUCUUCUCGAGCGAUGGUUCGGACACCGUCCACGUGCCUGUCCCCGUCCCGGUGGUUUCGCUGGCAGGUGUGGACGACUCGUACCCGCCACAGAAGAAGUCAUUCAUGAUGCUCAAGUACAUCCACGACCACUACCUGGAUAAAUAUGAGUGGUUCAUGCGGGCUGAUGAUGAUGUUUAUAUAAGAGGUGAGAAGCUGGAGGUGUUCCUGCGGUCACUGAACAGCAGUAAGCCCCUUUACCUGGGACAGACAGGCCUGGGCAUGGCUGAGGAGUUGGGCAGAUUGGCCCUCGAACCUGGAGAGAACUUCUGCAUGGGCGGCCCAGGGAUGAUCUUUAGCAGAGAAGUUUUACGCAGGAUGGUUCCUCACAUCAGUACCUGUCUGAGGGAGAUGUACACCACCCAUGAGGAUGUGGAAGUUGGCCGCUGUGUGCGGCGAUUUGGAGGAACACAGUGUGUGUGGUCAUAUGAGAUGCAGCAGCUCUUCUAUGAGAACUAUGAACACAACAAGAAAGGUUUCAUCGAAGAGCUUCACAGUAGCAAGAUCCACAAUGCCAUUACACUUCACCCCAAUAAAAAGCCUGCCUACCAGUACCGCCUCCACAGCUACAUGCUGAGCCGUGAGAUCUCCAGGCUUUGUUACCAAACCCUUCUGCUCCACCGCGAAGGCCUGAUCAUGAGUUACCUCAGUGAUACAGAAGUACUGUGGGAGGACCAACAGCUGGGGUCCCCACCUUCCUACAUGCGCUAUAAGCCCAGUGAGAGAAAUGAUGUAAUUGAGUGGGAUUUCCUGACUGGCCGUCAUGUUUAUUCUGCCGCUGAGAACAAGAUUGCCAGGCAAAGCCUUGGGAACUUGCUUCGGACUGCACUGGAAGACAUUAUCCUCCAGGUCAUGGAGAUGAUUAAUGAGAAUUCGAAAACGCGUGGCCGUGUAAUUGACUUUAAAGAGAUUCAAUAUGGCUACUACAGGGUGGAUCCAAUGCAUGGUGCAGAGUACAUCAUAGACUUACUGCUUCUGUACAAGAAACAUAAGGGACGCAAAAUUACAGUGCCUGUGAGGCGGCAUGCUUACCUUCAGCAGUCCUUUAGCCGACCCUUCUUUACUGAAAGUGAAGAGUUAGAUGUGGCUGAACUUGUGGCGUCCAUCAACUCUGAAUCCCAAUCCCUGUCUUUCCUUUCCAAUUCUCUGAGGUUCUUAUCACCUUUCCAGGUCUAUGAAUCAAACAGGGAAAUGUGGGAGCAAAGCCAGAGAAAGGUCAACAUCCUUGUACCCUUAUCUGGUCGCUAUGACACCUUUGUCCGCUUCAUGGAGAACUUUGAGAAAGUGUGUUUGAUACCCAAACAAAAUGUUAAGCUCUCUGUCAUUCUGAUGGAAAGUGGGAGUAAUCAGAGCAGAGGAAGACACAUGCAGUUAAUUAAAGACUACUACAGGAAGUAUCCCAAAGCUGACCUGUCCAUAAUCUCCAUGAUGGGCAACUUUUCCCGAGGACUGGCUCUUGAGCUGGGCUCAUCACAGCUUCAUAAUAACUCUCUGCUCUUCUUCUGUGAUGUGGAUCUAAUCUUUAGUGGUGAUGCCUUGCAGCGUUGCAGAGACAAUGCUGUCCAAGGGAGACAAGUCUAUUUUCCUGUUGUCUUUAGUCAGUACAACCCCAAGAUAGUGUAUUCUGAAAAGGCCCCAAGAGAAAACAAAUUUGUGCUGACCAAAAAAAGUGGUUUCUGGCGAGAUUAUGGAUUUGGAAUCAGCUGUGUUUUCAAGAGUGAUUUACUAAAAGCCGGAGGUUUUGACACCUCAAUCUUAGGCUGGGGAUUGGAGGACGUAGACUUGUAUACAAAAGUUAUUAAUUCUGGUUUGAAAGUGUUACGCAGUCAAGAACCAGGCAUUGUCCACAUUUAUCAUCCUGUCCACUGCAACUCAAGUCUUGAGCAGAAGCAACACAAAAUGUGCCUUGGGUCAAGAGCGAGUACGUUUGCGUCGACGAUGCAGUUAGCAGAGCUAUGGCUGGAGAAACACAUAGAGGCUGGAUAUAACAGAACUUCAUCCUGACAUUCCAGCCCACCUGGAUUCCUCCAUACAAGUUUACCUCAGUUCUGCUUGAGUACAGACAGUGAUGGACUGUGUGUGUUGUAGCGUAACUGUGGAUCACAGGUCUGUGUAGGCUGGAAAAUUUGACCCAGAAAGGACCCGAGACUCCAAAACGGAGAUGGACUUAAUCUCCGAACUGACCUGACAGCAGGCGGGCCUUACAUCGUAGGGGCCCAGAGGAAAUUGUACACAAUGGAGUCUAGGAUGGUUGUACCCAAUUUGUGGGUGGCUUGUGUAAAACAAGUGUCUGCUACCUUAUCCAGUUCCAAACCAGCUGGGAAAACCACUGACUAAAUACAAAUUGUCUGUUAGUUGGUACGUUGGACAUUGUACAGGUCACUACAGCAUUACAGAUUUAUUGAUUUAAUAUUUACUGUAACAAUUAUGCAAAUAUAAGCUUUGAGACCUCUAUUGUAUUUCCUUAAGGUUGGGUCAGGGUUAACUGACACUUACCUUUUUUAUUCCAUGUAUAAAUAACCAAGGAUACUUUGGAGAGUCGCAAACUUGGGAUUUAAAAAAAAAAAAAAAAAGACCCAAAGAACAAGCUACAUCACCCAAACUACCUGACGUAUGAUUUAAAUGUAAUAAUGGCAGGAAAUGAAAUCAAAGAAAAAAAAUUAUAUUAUUAUCAUAAUGUUAUAGUCAAUCAUAAGGAUGUUGAAGUGUUGCAGGUUUCAUUACGCAGCAGAAUCAUCUCCUGCAAUGCAGUUAACCAGUGAAAUGAAUAGUUUGUCACUUUGCUCUUCAUUAGUGAAGUGACUGUGGAAUGUGGAUGGCUGCUGUACUGUGAGCAGCAUCAUGUGCUGGGUUAUACAAUCUGUGUGUUUGUGAUUCUGUGUGUGAGGAACAGGGAGUUGGCCCACUUUAAUGCACUACCGUAAUCUACCAUAAUCUCCCAGUGAAUCUUAAGAAAUUUCCUCCUGCAGACCUGAAGCCGAGGCUGUGUGGGUACCAUCUCUGUCAACAUGAUUUCCUGUUGGGCUACUGUUCUAAUAUUAUUUAGCUUGUUGCUCAGCGUUUUUCUAAUUUACCCUCUCAAGUCUAGUUGUUUUCUCUCUGGCCUGUGGUAGCCAUCACUUGUUACUAAACUAUUUUUUCUUGAUGCCAAACCAUGUCAAGUCAGCAGCUCACUGCUGUCCUGACUGGGUUUUCUUCCAAUAAUUGAAAUGUAACUGUAGAGGACGGCUAACGUAAUGUUUACCAUAUGUAGAGCAGUUACCACAAUUAUGGCAUUUGCUUAAAUCCUUUCAAGCAAAUGCCCGAAGCUGCAAGGGUAUUCCCACAAAAGGUAAAAAGUUAUUAAAAACUGUCGUUUCCACCAAGGUCCGCAUCUGUGAUGACAGGCAGGUGCUCCGGUAAAGACUUGCAGAAGUGCUAGCUAGCUUGUGGCUGCAAGCUGUAGCAAGAGAAUGGAAAUCACUUAAACAACCAAAGAUUUAUACAUAGACAGUUUACCAGUCAUCUGAAGUUUGGUGGAAAUGUUAUUCCAGGCCAAGUUUUUCUUCUGGUUGUCCUCAUAAGUUGCUAGCACUGUAACUCCAGAUACCAACAUUAUCAGCUCUGCCAUCUUGUCUUCUUUCUGAUUCUGUAAUGCCUGCUAUUUAAUCAACUAAAGCCAGGCGACAACUGCUGGAAGUUCAAUACACCUGGUUGCUCUGCCAUCUUGUCUUCUUUCUGAUUCUGUAAUGCCUGCUAUUUAAUCAACUAAAGCCAGGCGACAACUGCUGGAAGUUCAAUACAGUAAACUCUACGUGCUACAGCAAAAUCUGUGUGCCUGCACAUAGCUUGCAACUGCUUCAUACCUCAACCGCUUUGUUAGAAACCGCUUCCCCUUUGCCACCUUGCCCUCAUUGAAAUGACUGGAGGCAGGAAGUUACUGCGCGGCAGUGUGGAAGUGUUUUAAAUCCUAGUUUGGACAUAAAUCCCAUUUCUGAACCUAAUUUUACAACAGUUGGAGCAAUUUAGAUGAGCUUUGUACCUGACCCACUGAGCACUGGUCAAAAGACAUCUACAUGCCAAGAUUAAAACUGGGAUUAAGUUGAAAAGUUAAUUGGUAACUGUAAAUCAGUAUUUAGUUUGGAUCGUCACAUGGUAAUUGCGUUAAAACAAAAGUUAAAUGUAAACUAGAUGCCUAAAAGUUUUUUACUAUUCAAUCGACUGAGCCCAUUUUUUCCUGCAGACAUCAAAGGGCCCUAUUUUAUAGGUUUUCACAGUUUUCCUUUUCACAGUCGUUGUGUAAGUAGCAAAUGUACUGUGCCCAUCCGUGUGCCCAUGGGUGCAUAUGUCUUAAAAUGAGGUGUGGUAAGGCUCAUUGUUGUGGGAUCUCUCCUCGAAUGCAUUCAGUUGUUCACAUGGUUGUUCACAGAGAUGAUAAGCUUCAAAAAUUGUCCUUCUAAUGCCACUGUUUGAAAAGUGCAGAAAAGUGCAGAGGGGGAGUGCAGGGCCCAGUCUCUGGACUUACCUGACAUCACCUGGUAAUUGUUUGAAUGUGAGGGGCUACAAAGUUUCGAAAUGGUAUAAAUAGGAACAAGGCAACACUUUGCAGUGACACAUCACAUUACUUUGACAACACCAAAACAUCUUACACAUGGAAAGUUAUGGGUUUAGGACUUUAUAUUUUAUGUUUUUUACUUUUUUCACGGCCAAGAUGUGAACAUACUCCAGACUCUUGUCUUCCAGAGUGAAAUAGAGGUAAUUAUCAAGUAAUCAAUUUCUUUGUUUUUCUUAAAACAGCAUCAUUAAGCAAAAUCAAAACAACUGGUUGGUGAAUAAACUAGGUGUGUAAUAUAGCCCAGCAGUUCCCAACUGGUCCAGCCACUGGAUCCAGAUUUCUCCUUAGUCAUUAGUUCAAGGUCUCACAGUUAAAUAUAUUCAGUGCCAUAGUGGCUAUGUCGUUUAGCUAGUUUGCUGUCCCUGUCAGGUGCUGUCGAUUAGUCACUCACUCUACAGCAGAAAACGUCAUUUCAAAAUAAAAGCUCUGUGCUGGAAAUUUACUGUACUCAGAAAUAUAUAUAUUUUGUUGUUUGUUUGUUUGUUUUUCAAACUUGGCGCUUUGCAAGUCACUUGUGGCCCAUUUAGAAUGGAUCUGCGACCCUCUUUUGGACCGCAACCCACCAGUUGGGAACCACUGAUAUAGCCUAUGCCUGCACUCACAUACACAUAAAUCUGUGUUUCUGUGCAAAUACAGUACCACAUGCUGAACGCCCAUAUGUCAGUCCGCCUUGCUUACGUUUUUUUUUUUUUUGUUUGUUUGUUUUGUUUUUUUAUUUUUCCAGACUUUCUCUAGUAACCCUGUGUUUUGCAGUGCUAUGAAUUGCGGAUAGUUCCCUCAGGCAAAGUCUGUAGAAAUGCAGACUUCAGGAAAGUGUGCAUGUAGGGUCUGUAGGAGAGUCUUCAUGCACUUAAGGUUUUGACAGCCCUAAGCCCUCAUGCACUUUGCGGGAACGCACCUCAAAGUCCCUGAGUCUGUGAGUGUGGAGAUUGGGAUCGGGCCGAUGACAGUAAAGUUACAGGUACACCCAGACAACAUAAUAAAGUUUCAGUGAAGACAGCAGUUGCAUUAGGAUUGGCUGACUGAUGAUGCAGCAGGCCAUGUUAUCAAAAUGUUGGUACAUCUCUGGUCAUAUCGAGCCAAUCUAAAUUUUGGGCAGACCUGAUAGCAGUGGUGAUUUCAGUUUGACUGGACUUGGAAUGGAGAAUGGUUUGAGUUGGGUCAGGUACUCUGAUGGAAUGUUCCGAUAGCUAUAGUGUAGUAUCUGUUUUUUAUGUUUGUUUGUUUUGUGUGUGUGUGUGUGUGUGUCUGUGUGUGUGUCUGUGUCUGUGUGUGUGUCUGUGUGUGAGUGAGAGAGAGAGAUUCAAUUUUACACUGUUAUCUCCCAAAGGACAUCAUUGGGCCAAGCAAAGGUUUGCUUAGCCAUUACUUCAUGGCUUCUCCUGGACUGUAAUUAAUUGUUGUCAUCCUUUUCUUACUGCCGUAGUUAUUAUGACGUUUACACUUCUGCCUCAGGACCACAUUUUACCACCCAGUGCGUUGUAGCCUUUUGCUUUAACUGAUAUGGUGCCCACUGCCUAUUGUGUAUUUAAUGAAAAAGAACAAUCUGGUAAAUAAUAGUCGGAACAAAGAGGCUUUGAGUUAGCCUAGCUCCUACAGAAGGGUACUGCUGCCACCAUGACAAAACUUUUCCAUGAGUAAUAGUAUACUAACUGUACAGACACUUUUCUUGUUGUAACAAUUAUCCUAAUGAGAUAUUGAGCAAAUGUUUUUUGCCCUGAGUGCAGCAGCUGUUUUCAGACCUCUUAAUCAUAGUACACUCCUAUUUUUCAGCAAUACAAAAAGAUGAAUAAUAAAGUGAAAACUGUGAGUUGAGUGUGAUUAUCAGACUCUUCUAGUGAUAGUUGGUGAAUAAAGCUUAAAUAUAUGGCUAAAUAUAUUGGUCAUUAUGCAACUGGAACAUUUAUCUGUUAUGUUCCAGAUUUAAUGUGCAUUUUUUCAUAAAAGAAAUGUGAAAGCUCCACAAUGAGUGAGAUGAUUCAUUAGUGUUCAUAAACAUUUUCUGUUACAUUUCUAUGGAAGAAAGAAAUGGAGCUGUAUCCCAUAACAAUGAUAAAACAUCUCAUAAUUCUGAGAUCCUCAUCUCAGAAUUAUGACAUCCAGCGAAGAUGGAUUUCUCAUGGUUAUGAGAUACUGAGCCAUAUUAACAAGGUAAGGUUUGUUCCUUUUGAUGAAUGCAAUGCACUAAUGUAAGUUUCGCCGUGGAGGCUCACUUGCAGAUUCUGUAAAGACUAACUUUAUGGUUAUGUUAUAUAAUGGCUUUUGAGUCUGCCAGCAAUAACAACUGAUUAUUUAUAAUAAAUAUUUAAACACA